GCCAUGCCUGGCUUUACGUGCUGCGUUCCGGGCUGCUACAACAACUCGCACCGGGACAAGGCGCUGCACUUUUACACGUUCCCCAAGGAUGCAGAGCUGCGGCGCCUAUGGCUGAAGAACGUGUCCCGCGCCGGCGUCAGUGGGUGCUUCUCCACUUUCCAGCCCACCACGGGCCACCGUCUCUGCAGCGUCCACUUCCAAGGCGGCCGCAAGACCUACACGGUGCGCGUCCCCACCAUCUUUCCGCUGCGCGGUGUCAAUGAGCGCAAAGUAGCGCGCAGACCCGCGGGGGCAGCGGCCGCCCGCCGCAGACAGCAGCAGCAGCAGCAACUGCAGCAGCAGCAGCAGCAGCAGCAACCGGCGCCGUCGGCCUCCACCGCCCAGACUGCCCAGCUGCAGCCGAAUCUGGUAUCUGCUUCAGCGGCCGUGCUCCUCACCCUUCAGGCCGCUGUAGAUAGUAGCCAGGUACCGGGAUCCGUAGCGCCGAAUCCCAACACUCCCACUGGGGAAGACGUGAAGCCCAUCGACCUGACGGUGCAAGUGGAAUUCGCAUCUGCAGAGGGCGCCGCUGCAGCAGCCGCCGCGUCAGAGUUGGAGGCUGCUACUGCCGGUCUCGAAGCAGCUGAAUGUCCUAUGGGCCCGCAGUUGGUCGUCGUGGGGGAAGAGGGCUUCCCCGAUACCGGCUCUGACCACUCGUACUCGUUGUCUUCAGGCACCACGGAAGAGGAGCUCCUGCGCAAGCUCAAUGAGCAACGGGACAUCCUGGCGCUGAUGGAGGUGAAGAUGAAGGAGAUGAAGGGCAGCAUCCGCCACCUGCGUCUCACUGAGGCCAAGCUUCGAGAAGAACUCCGUGAGAAGGAUCGGCUGCUGGCCAUGGCUGUCAUUCGAAAGAAGCAUGGAAUGUGAAGGGGCCCCACUGCGGCCUACUGGACUCCUGGACUGCCAGCCCAGGGGGACCUCGGGCUGCUGUUGGACUCCCCCAUACUCUUUGGGUACUGGUUGGCAGUAGGGAGGCUUAAGGCAGCUGGACUCUUGCUGGUGUGUGACCUGGCACCGUUACUUGUUUCCUCUUGAAGCAAGGACCCGGGGCCUCAGACUCUGCAUUGGUGACACCAGCACUUAGGACUUGGUCCGUCCUGUCCCGUUCCCCGCCCCCCUCCCCC